UCCUUUCCUAACUGUCUUCGGUCUGCGCUGCCCGAUGUCAACAGCGACCACAGGAGCAACGUAUAUAUAUAUAUAUGCAUUUACAUACCACUUUAUUUUAAUACCCACACAGAAAGUACCGUAACUUCCGAUCGCUCUGGUAUCAACAUAGGAGGCUACGUGUCGCCUUGGCCAUUAGAGCUACGGACCAGUCGUCCACCUGCUGCGGAGCAAAGUUCGGACAGACUGACUGCUGUUCAGAACAUUUGAACAGAUACUUUGUUGAUUGUUGCAGUGAAAUAAAAGUGUUUUGGACUGAAACGAAGAGAAAAACCUUUGUCAACAGUGUGCCGUCCGUAGAAGAGAGACAGCGGUGACUGAGCUUGUUCAGCGUUGCGCAGGUAAGCCUCUCUUCUUCUCCGGCUGAUGUCUUAGAUCAUGAGUAUCCUGGGACCUCCGAUAAGGCAGGCCAAUGGGGUGGCCAGAUCUGACAGCAAGAUUAGCGCCAAGGCUCUAUAUGAGCAACGGAAGAAAUACUCCAACUCCAAUGUCAUCAUGCAGGAGACGUCUCAGUACCACGUGGAGCACCUGUCCACCUUCAUGAUGGACAAGGCAGAGUCCAUUGCCACAGUGGACGAUGCCAUUAAGAAGCUGGUGCUGCUGGACACCAAAGAGAAGAUCUGGACCCAGGAGAUGCUGCUUCAGGUCAGCGACAAGGCUGUACGGCUACUGGAUGUUGAUACACAGGAAGAGUUGGAGAACUUCCCCCUGCCUACUAUCCACCACUGCCAGACAGUGUUGAAUCAGACCAGGUAUCCAUCCGUCCUUCUGCUGGUGUGUCAAGACACUGAACAGCACAGACCCGACAUACACUUCUUCCACUGCGACGAGGUGGAGGCAGAGAUGGUCCAUGCAGACAUCGACAGCGCUCUGGGGGACAGCAAACAUGGGAAGAAGAUACGACCGCAGACCUUGAAGGUGAACCAGGAGAAGAUGAAGCACCACAGAGAAUCCAUCAUCCCCCCCUCUUCGGCCCCCAAGGGCUCGGCCCCCUCAGGCAAGGGCCGUGUGGCUGCCAUGAACAUGCAGGAUGUGGAGAGGCGAGGUUCGGCCCAGCAGGACCCAGAGUCCCAUGAGAAGCUGGCUCAGCGCAUUGAGAAGGACGUGCAAAUCCUGAACUGUUCCCUGGAUGACAUAGAGUUCUUUGUGGCUCGGCUGCAGAAGGCUGCGGAGGCGUUCUCUCAGCUCAACCAGCGCAACAAGAGUAAGAAGAUGAAGAAGAAAGGCCCAGCAGAGGGAAUGCUGACCCUGAGAGCUAGGCCCCCCUCUGAGGCAGAGUUCAUUGAUAGCCUACAGAAACUUAAGCUGGCUUUCAACCUACUGGCCAAACUGAAGAAACACAUCCAGAACCCCAGCGCUUCUGAACUGGUGCACUUCCUCUUCGGCCCCCUGGACCUGGUGCUCCAGUCCUGUGGUAGCGUAGAGCUGCCCCGCUCUGUGGUCUCCCCUCACUUAUCCAGAGAUGCAGUAGACUUCCUGAGGGGUCAUCUGUCACCUAAAGAAAUGACCAUCUUUGAACUGCUGGGAGAUGGGUGGACAAGACCUAGGUACUGGAGAGUGUGUGUGUGUGUGUGUGUGUGUGUGUGUUGCACAUGUGCUGAUAGAGGGCCCUUUGUGUGGGCCCUGAGUGUGUAG